ACAAAUCAUGAUAACCAAAGCCGAGUUGUAAACCUCUGCUGCGCUCUCUGGUCUCGUGUCCAAAGGUCAGGCAGAAUUCAGCGGUGCAUUCAUUACUAACAAAGUGGACUGUUAUUUUUUAAAGUGAAGUCCAAACAGAGCCAUGGAGGAGACACAAGAAUGGGAAAAGCUCAAGGAGAGGAAAGGGAGAUUAACUGUGGUCCUGGCUCUGGCAACACUCAUAUCUGCAUUUGGUUCAUCUUUCCAGUAUGGAUAUAAUGUAGCUGUGAUCAACUCCCCAUCACCGUUCAUGAAGCAGUUCUAUAACAACACAUACCUGGAGCGUUAUGGAAGACCGAUGGAGAACAACUUCCUGACUCUGCUGUGGUCUCUGUCUGUGUCUAUGUACCCGCUAGGAGGCUUCUUUGGCUCUCUCAUGGUGGCCCCACUGGUCAACAAACUAGGGAGGAAAGGCACCCUCCUCUUCAACAACAUCUUCUCCAUCGUCCCGGCUGUGAUGAUGGGAGUCAGUGAGAUCGCUAUGUCAUAUGAGAUCAUCAUCGUGGCGAGGUUUAUAGUGGGCAUCUGUGCAGGUCUCUCAUCCAACGUGGUGCCCAUGUAUUUGGGGGAACUGUCUCCCAAAAACCUGAGGGGAGCCCUUGGCAUUGUUCCUCAGCUCUUCAUCACCAUCGGCAUCCUCUGUGCACAAGUGCUUGGCAUCAGAAACAUACUGGGCAACAGCACAGGUUGGCCUCUCAUGCUGGGUUUGACCGGCAUUCCUGCACUUGUAGAGCUGCUGGUUCUGCCCUUCUUCCCAGAGAGCCCCAGAUACAUGCUCAUACAAAAAGGAGAUGAGAAGAUGGCAAAGAAAGCACUACAGCGUCUGCGUGGCUGGGACGAUGUGGACGCAGAACUGUCAGAGAUGCAUCUGGAGGACCAGUCAGAGAAGGCCGAGGGCCACCUGUCGGUGCUCAGCCUGCUGUCCCAGCGCUCCCUCCGCUGGCAGCUGGUCUCCAUCAUCAUCAUGAACAUGGGUCAGCAGCUGUCGGGGGUCAACGCGAUCUACUACUAUGCUGACAGUAUUUAUGCUACAGCAGGGGUCAACCAGAAUGAUAUCCAGUAUGUCACAGUGGGAACAGGAGCAGUGAAUGUCUUCAUGACCAUAACUGCUGUAUUCAUCGUGGAGGCCUCAGGACGAAGGCUGCUCCUCCUCUGUGGAUUUGGUAUCUGCUGUGGAGCCUGUGUGCUGCUGACCAUCGCUCUUAACUUCCAGGAGAGCGUGACGUGGAUGCCCUACAUCAGUAUCACCUGUGUCAUCAUCUACGUCAUAGGACAUGCCAUAGGACCCAGUCCCAUUCCUUAUGUGGUGACCACUGAGAUGUUCAGGCAGUCGGCUCGCCCCGCUGCCUUCAUGGUGGCAGGCUCUGUCCACUGGCUCUCCAACUUCACCGUUGGCCUCGUCUUCCCCUUUCUAGAGAGCGGUCUGGGCCCCUACAGCUUUAUCAUUUUCUCCGUAAUCUGUCUGGUCACACUGGUUUACAUCUGGCUGGUGGUCCCUGAGACCAAGAACAAGACCUUCCUGGAGAUCUGCCAGAUGUUCGCCAAGAGGAACAAAGUGGAGAUCAAACUGGGUGACAGGGAUCUGCCGCUGAAAGGGAGCCAAGAAAACCUGGAGGAUGUUGAGAGGGUCACGGCCUUCUGAAGACAAAUGAGAGCAUUCAGGGGGAAAGGAAGUGUGCGCUCUGGGGAGGAUUGUAUUGGACUGGAAAUGUUUUAAUCCAGACUUUGUUGUCUGUUUUUAAAAGGAAUCUUUGCACAACCGCUUUUUGUAUCGUUUGCUUGUGGAGAAAUAUCUCCUUAAAUCAUUAAUCAAACAUAAAAGUCACUUGAAAAACUUUA